CUACACGUGAUUGUUGUUGGUUGUUGUUUUCCUGGCCUUUUGGCCUUUUAAAAUUCGAGUACAUUAAAAUUUUGGGAAAAUAAUGUACAAAACGGCUUAAGUUAGAUUUAAAAUAUAUUAAACAUCACCGGUGCAACCAGUGGAUCGACCUGUGGCUGCAACGCACUACAAGUGGAGACCAUGUAAAUUUCGUUUCAACCCAACCAAUCCGUGAAACCGUAUUCUGUUACGUCCACACUCCUUCCACUAUUCGCACAUAACAAACAAAAAAAUAUGCAAUCCAUUCGCUGCCAGGCCCGGACCCUCUUCUCAACCGCCACCAGCAGCGGCCGCCCCAUCAGACUGAACCUCUUGCGGAAUGUUGGCACCGGCACUGGCCCUGGCCCUGGUACUGGCAUUGGCACUCCCGGCUCCCUCUCUCGCUCCGAACUGAUGCGGAAGCUGCGUGAGUGGCAUGCCACUGCGUUCAGCAAUAGGUUCCUACUCUUCACCAACGUGGGCAUCUCGCUGACGCUCAGCUGCCUCGGCGACGUCUUGGAGCAACGUCUGGAGAUCUACAGUGGGGAGAUCGAACGCUUCGACAGCCAGCGCACCAGCCACAUGGCCAUCAGCGGUGUCACCGUGGGCCUCAUUUGCCACUACUGGUACAAGAUGCUGGACAAGCGGAUGCCCGGUCGCAGCAUGCGCGUGGUGGCCAAGAAGAUUGUGCUCGACCAGCUGAUAUGUUCGCCCGUCUACAUCAGCGUCUUCUUUGUCACCCUCGGCCUGCUCGAACAGAAGGACAAGCACGAGGUGUGGGAGGAGAUCAAGGAGAAGGCCUGGAAGCUGUACGCGGCCGAGUGGACAGUGUGGCCGGCGGCGCAGUUCAUCAACUUCUAUUGGAUACCCGCCCACUAUCGCAUCUUCUACGACAAUAUCAUCAGCCUGGGCUACGACGUGCUCACCUCGAAGGUGAAGCACACGAAGUCGCACAUCAAGAAGAUCCCCUAACAGCCACUGUCAGCCAGCAUUGUAACUAUUUAUUUUUAUUUCGAAAUCCUUGUAAAUAUAGACGAGCCCAUGUACACGCCAAA